CAGAGGCACGUGCCAGGCUGCAAUUGACGAAGCUUUAGCAUGCUAUCCACAGAGCAAGCCAGUCCAUUGAAAAAUGGAGAAAACAAGAAACAAAAAUGCCAGUAGCACCUUCAAUCCCUCGUCUUCAUUCACCAUUUUUAUGUUUCCCUCUUCAAGAGAUUUCUUCUUCUUCAUUGUCAUCCUUCAAGUCUCCAAGAAACAAUCAUCAACGGUCACCAGUAUCUCAUCCAUGCACUAGAGCUGUUGAUCUUGAUCAGAAUACGAUAGUUGCAAUUUCUGUCGGGGUCGUGAGCAUUGCUGUUGGGAUAGGCAGUCCAGUUAUCUAUGAAAGCCAGAUUGAUAAUGCUGCAAAGCGAGAAAAUACUCAGCCAUGUUUCCCUUGCAGUGGUAGUGGUGCUCAGAAAUGCAGAUUUUGCCUGGGAACUGGCUCAGUGACAGUGGAGCUAGGUGGGGAUGACAAAGAAGUCUCUUCAUGCAUCAAUCGUGAAGGUGUAGGUUCUUUGACAUGCACAACAUGUCAAGGCUCCGGCAUUCAACUCCGGUCUCUAGAUCGCAGAGAAUUCAAGGAUGAUGAUUGAAGCUCUGAAGGAGCAGUAGUUUUGAAGUUGAUCCAAUCAGCUUGUAAUGAGAAAGACUAGAUGAUCAACAUUCUUUGUAUCAAACCUGGCUAAAGUAAUGCCAAUAGGCCCAAUGCAUGGCUUCCGAGAAGUUAAAAGCAGCAAAAAGAACGAAAACAACUAGCCAAACGUCCAGCUGCCCAGAAUGACACAUCACGCUGUUCUUCACAUGUAGUAGGUGAAUAGGAAGAGGAUAGUCAGUGAUGGAAAGGACAGAGGAUAGUCAGUGAUGGAAAGGACAGCAUAGCAACACUGCAGCUAUAUUAGACGGCGAUUCUU